CUUUCAAUUCUAUUUGAUUGGGUGAUCCUCCUCCAAUCUUCUUCAUCCAUGGAGGUAGGAGGAGGAGAGACUGCACCCAGACAAACAAACCCAACAAAUUCCUAGUCAUUUCACUUUCUUCCAUUUUUCACCUCAAUUUCUUCUUCUUCUUCUUCAUCAUGGGAUUGAGUGGUGUUGCUUCACCUUCUUCCUCAUCAUCAUCUUAUUGCUCCCGUUUCUGGUCAUCAGCGCUCCGAUCCAAACCCCUCGUAUCGCCGGCGGAGAAGGCCGCUCGCGACAGCUCCGGCAGGGGUCUCUCCCGCCGCCUCGGUGUCUUCGACCUCCUUCUCCUCGGGAUCGGCGCCUCCAUUGGCGCUGGCAUAUUUGUCGUCACCGGCACUGUAGCUCGCGACGCCGGUCCCGGAGUAACAGUUAGUUUUAUACUUGCGGGAGCAUCCUGUGUUAUAAAUGCACUCUGUUAUGCUGAGCUAGCUUCUCGGUUUCCUGCCGUUGUUGGAGGGGCAUAUCUAUAUGCAUAUACUGCUUUCAAUGAACUUACAGCUUUUCUUGUUUUUGCACAAUUAAUGCUUGACUAUCAUAUUGGAGCAGCUAGCAUAGCAAGAAGCUUAGCAAAUUAUUUGGUAACAAUUCUAGAGCUCUUCCCCAUUUUCAAAGAUAACAUUCCGAAAUGGAUUGGACAUGGUCAAGACAUUGGAGGUGUGCUAUCCAUCAAUGUCUUAGCUCCAAUUCUCCUACUUCUUCUCACUUUUGUUCUCUGUCGGGGUGUUCAAGAAUCAUCAGUUGUGAAUUCGUUUAUGACAGUGACCAAGGUGGUCAUCGUUAUUAUUGUCAUUUUUGCUGGAGCUUUUGAGGUUGAUGUUUCCAACUGGUCUCCCUUUGCUCCAAAUGGUAUGAAAAGCAUAUUUACUGGAGCUACUGUAGUCUUCUUUGCAUAUGUUGGAUUUGAUGCAGUUGCAAAUUCUGCUGAAGAAUCUAAGAGGCCACAGCGUGAUUUGCCGAUAGGCAUAAUCGGAAGCCUCUUGGUGUGUAUUGCUUUGUACAUUGGAGUGUGCUUAGUGAUUACUGGAAUGGUUCCAUACAAUCUCCUAGGAGAAGAUGCUCCGUUGGCUGAAGCUUUUAAAUCUAAGGGGUUAAAAUUUGUUUCUAUUCUGAUUAGCAUUGGUGCUGUUGCUGGACUUACGACAACACUCCUUGUUGGUCUCUAUGUUCAGUCUCGGCUAUAUCUUGGGCUUGGUAGGGAUGGUUUACUACCCGCAAUAUUUGCUAAAGUUCACCCCAAACGCCACACCCCCAUUCAUUCUCAGGUUUGGGUUGGCUGUGUGGCCAGUGUUUUGGCUGGACUGUUGAAUGUGCACAUGCUCUCACACAUUCUGUCUGUUGGUACACUGACUGGCUAUUCAGUUGUCUCGGCAUGUGUUGUUGUACUUCGCUGGAAGGAUAAAACAACUGGUCAAGUAUCACCUUCAGCCAAGAGGGAAGGUGUAAUUUGCCUCAUUGCUGUUGCAGUUUCUGGAUUUAUUGGGGGGGUCUCUUUCCGCUAUGAUGCCUCACCUAUUUUACUGAUUCUGGCUAUACUUGUUGGAGCUGGUGCUUCUGCUGCUCUUCAUUUCCGCCAGCAUGCAUAUCACAACAUGGCAAAGACACGUGGCUUGUUGAGAGGGGGAAUACGACAUGAUUUCAUGAGAAGAAGAUCAAGUACUGAGGAUUAUGCAGCAGAUUCACCAGGGUUUUCUUGCCCUGGGGUUCCCAUUGUGCCAAAUGUUUGCAUCUUUUUCAACAUGUUCUUAUUUGCCCAGUUACAUCAUGAAGCAUGGGUGAGAUUUGUGAUUCUUAGUGUUGUCAUGGUUGGUCUUUAUGCAAUAUAUGGGCAGUAUCAUGCUGACCCCAGUGCAGAGGAGAAUACUGUUUAUCAUGAGGCACCAGAGGAAGAUGGUCGAUGAGUUAUCAGUUCAAUAUUAAACAUUACGGUUUACAUUAUGGCCAAUGGGGAGAAGGGUGUGUUGGUUAAAAUGUAUGUAGCAAAUAUAAGGUGAAUGUGAAUGGGGUGAAGAUGGUCGAUUUGUUAGGAAUGUGAAUGUCCAUCAGGUGUAGUUAGAUUGUAUACGGCACACUCAGCAAGUAUAAUACGUUCCAUUUGGGGUUUAAAUUCCUGUUGCGGUUGUAUCGUGGAUAAAUGUGGCUACAAUUGCAGUAGAGAUACCAUUGCAGGGACUCAAAAACCCUAGUACAUUGUGGUCGCAAUUGUGGGGGUUGUAAACUUAAAUUUGAAGCCUUGCUUCCCCUCAAAGGGCUCCUCCUCCUUUGAUCCCCAACAUAUGUAUGAUGUAUCUCUUGUAGUUUACAACUUAAUUCGAAAAGAAAAUAAUCAUGUACCAUUUUCUUAUGUGAAUAUUCAGUUGAUAUUUUUUGACUUGUUCAAGCCCAA